AAGAAGAAGAUAUAGAAUUAGAUAAAGAACAUCAAAAAAUUAUUUUUCCUGGCUUUCUCGAUGAAAACUAUAAUCCAGAUAAUGUUAACUUAACUUUAAAACAAGACAAUGAAAUUAAGAUGUUGGUUGAAAGGCUGCUAAGGAAAAGUUAGGUGUUUAUGCUUUCCUUGUAACACGGUUUUUAGAAAAGAAGUCAAGAUAUAACACAAUGUCAAUAAAAAACACAGCUAUGGCUAGUAUAAGGUUUAGGAUUUCACCUGCCGCAACUGCAGCAAUUGCUACAAGUUAUCUUCAAGAUUUAAUUGAAGCAGGAUUUCUCACCCCUGAGUCCUCUUACCUUGCUUGUGAUCCUUCUAAGUUGACGAGAGAAAAAAGGUCAUGGUAGUUGCGAAGAAAAAUGAUAAUUUAAAACUUCCGAAAGCAGAUAAUAUUGCCAUUUACGGAAUUUACUUCCAUUGACGGAAUUUACUUCCAUUGACGGAAUUUACUUCCAUUGACGGAAGGAAAGAUUCAACAAAAGCAAUGAUAAAUGAUUCAAAUGGACAGCUACAUCCUAUUAUUAUCAAAGAGCAGCACAUUACUGUGACUAAAGAACCUGGUGGUUGAUAUCUUGGCCAUUUUACCCCAAAUGCACCUAAUCAUCUAGAUAAGCCAGCUAAAUAGAUUGCUGAAGGUGUUUAUAUUUUUUUGCAACAACAUAAUCUUACUGAAUCGUGUUUAGUACUUGGAGCUGACAGUACUUCAAUUAACACAGGCUGGAAAGGUGGUGUUAUAUCGCAUCUUGUGACCUAACACUUGUGACCUAACACUUGUGACCUAACAGUUUUAUUUAACUUGAUUAUGGUUUAUUGCCACCUAAUCUUAGAGAAAUUCAAUGCGGCCCCUUAAGUCAUGCCAGAUGGCUCACUACUUGCAUGAGAAUUGUCUUUAUGUGGACAAGGAAACACGACUUAAAUGAUCAAAAUUCCCAAAAUCUAGAGUAACUUGUAGUAUUUUGUUUACAAUUUUACUUUAAACUUUUUUUUGACAUAAUGGUCAAAGACAGACUUGAAGAUGCUUCCUACACAUUCAGUCUCAAUUGAGAAUUUUUAGAAUGCAACCUGAUAGAGUAAAAAUAAUUGUGACUUCCUACACCCAGGUAGGAGCUUGGUAUGCGAACCAUGAAAGUAUACUAAUCUCUUUAUUAUCUAGUUAUAAUGCAGAAGAUUACGAUUUUGCAGUUGAUCGAAUUUUGAAACUAAGGGGUAAUGAUAUCCUUGGAGAUAUGCAAAUCAGACCAAGAAAAACACCUAAACUUAACUUUGCAGCAACUACUCUUCAAGAGCUAGUUAAAUGGGAAAAUGGUGUUGUACAAGAACCUGUUUUUACUUGUUCGCUCACCAGAGAUAAUUUGUUAUUACUAAGAUUGAUACCUUUAAUAACUCCUUCGAUUAAAAUUCAUACUCAAAGUGCUGAGCGUGCUGUAAAACAAGUGACAGUAGCAUCCAUGUCAGUAGUUGGACCAUAUGCAAGAGAUGGGUAUAUUAGAGAUAGAGCUAAGCAUAGAGAGUUGCUACCUGUUUUUAAAACAAAGAAAGAAAUUUUAUUAAGUUUUUAACUUCAAUAGAUUUUUUUUUUUUUUUUUUUUUUAUGUUUUAGUAGUUCUAUCAAAAUAUUGUUGGGGUAAGAUAAAGGGAUAAACCACCUGUUUUUUUGGUGAAAGUAUUAUGAACUGUUAUGAUCAAAUUUUUUAUUCAUUAGAGCCUCAUAAAAAAUUAAAGACCCCCUCCUCCUCCCUCUAAAAAAAUGCAGAAUCUGCACUGCAGAUAAGAUCCAUGCAAGAUAAUGAUUUUGAAAAGUAUCAAAAAAACUUUCAAUUAUCUGAAAAAAAAUAUUUGCAUUUAAUAUUUUAUCGCAAUGAAAAAGAAAAUGUAAAAUACAAUGAAUGUCAUAAAUGUGCAGAUGUACUCUUUCUUAGUUCAGCUGACAAUCUAUCAGCUUUUAUGUCACUAAUUUAAAAACUUUUCUGAAAUUUAUUGAUAUAUAUCUCAAAAGAGAUGGACUGGCCAUCAUUCUCAUCAAUAAAAUUAAAAACACAAUCAGCAUGAAGAACAUGCAUUUUAUUUGGAAAAAAACAUUGUUCUGUUUUUUGUUAUUACAAGAAUUUUUUAUUUCAUAAAAUUUUUAAACUUAGACAUAAAUCCACGCAAUAAGUCAAAUGCGAGAAAAAUUGCAUGUAUUCUUCAUAAUUAAUAUAUUAUGAUACUAUUUUUUCAAUAUUUUUUUUUGUA